CCUCAGCAGACCCAGCCGCAACAACCACAACCACCACAACAACCUCAGCAGCAGCAGUCAGUAUCAGCAGUCGGUGCUACCACAACAACAACUACUCCAUCAGUAACUACUCCAUCAGCAGCGCCUACAGCUGAUCCUGAAAAAAGAAAGCUGAUUCAACAACAACUCGUACUACUUUUACAUGCUCACAAAUGCCAGAGACGAGAAAGUCAGGCUAAUGGGGAAGUUAGGCAAUGUUCUCUUCCACAUUGUCGUACUAUGAAAAAUGUUCUCAACCAUAUGACCCACUGCCAAGCUGGAAAAUCCUGCCAAGUGGCACACUGUGCAUCUUCCAGGCAAAUCAUUUCGCAUUGGAAAAACUGUACCAGGAAUGACUGCCCUGUCUGCUUGCCUCUCAAAAAUGCUUCUGACAGAAGACAGCACCAAGCAAAUACUCAAGCACUAUUAACAUCAACUACUGCAAUUGGAGGUGGAACAACAGGUCAAUCACAGAGUCAGAUAGAUCAUAGCUCAAUGCAAAGAGCAUAUGCAGCACUUGGAUUGCACUACACAGGAAAUACAGCAGCAACUCAGUCACGUACUGGUAUGCUGAGUCCUCCAGGUUUGGGAGUUGGUAGCCCGAGUGAUUCAUUAAAUUCCUCCAGUGGUGGAACCAGUGUUUUACCUGGCAGUGGGUUGCCGGCUCAUUCAACAACUGGAGGUGGAGAUACAGCUAAUAGUCAAGUGUCUACUGGUACCUCCAAGGCAUGGCAUCAACAUGUUACUCCUGACCUUCGCAAUCAUUUAGUACAUAAACUUGUUCAAGCGAUAUUUCCCUCGCCAGACCCAGCAGCAAUGAAAGACAGGAGAAUGGGUAAUCUGGUGGCUUAUGCACGGAAAGUGGAAGGUGACAUGUAUGACUCUGCAAGCAGUAGGGAGGAGUACUACCAUCUGCUUGCUGAGAAAAUUUAUAAAAUACAAAAAGAGUUGGAAGAGAAGCGACAAAGGAGGAUGCAGGAAGCCAAAGUUUCUCAAGUACCACCAAGGCCAAAUCAAAAUGGGCCUUCUGAUUUGAAUGGUCAGGCUGUCAACAGAAUAGCAGGUUUUGUCUCUCCUAAUUCUUCUAUUCCACAAGCAACACCACCAUCUACUCAGUCAGUACCUUCAGUAAUGUCUCUGUCUGCUCCAACAACUCCUGCUACCCCUCAGACAACUCCUCCAGCUUCACAGCAAGCAUCACAACCACCACCUCAGAAAACUGUAGAACCAGCUCCAGUGCAAGACAGAAAUUUCCAGACUAUACAGCAGCUUCAAACUCAGCAAAGAGUUGGCCCUAUUCCACAACAGCAGACCACUCCAGUACCACAAACUACUCCACAAAAACCACCAUCUCAACAACAGCAGCAGGCUUCACAAAAUCAAGUAUCACAUAACAUUGUAACUGGAAAAGGGAAAGGGAAGGGAAAAGGAAAGGGGAAAGGGAAAGUACAAACGCAGCUUCAAGGCAAACCUUUGUCAGUACCAGACCAGAAAGUAUUAACUCCAAGGGCAACAACCCCAGGGAAGCAUCUACCGCCUCCUAAUUCGGGUGCUAAUGCCUCAGAAUCUUCAAUGUCCCAACAGUCUACACCACCUUCUAAAGAUAUAAAAAUGGAAGGAGGAAAUGUCCGUGGUACUCUAGGAGGAAAACCAGAACUCCAGAUCAAGCACGAGCCUGGUGUUAAACAAGAGUUUCAUAUCAAGCAAGAACCUGUUGAACUGGGUGGUAAAUCUGAAAUUACUGGCCCACCGACAACUACUAAUACUACAACUACGACCACAACGUUGACAACAGAUAGCAACACUAGCAACACAACAACAGCUUCUACAUCAACAAUGCUUACUCCUAAACCUGGUGCUGAAAUGCCACCCCCAAGAGUACCCAAACAAAAGAAAA